UCUCUAUCUCUUUUAUUUUGUUCUUUCCAUUCAACACUGAACUAAAUCUACUUAUUAUUUUCCUACGGUUCUUCGCAUCUUCGCAGUUCGCACUCUCUCUAGAAACAAAGUGACUUAACAAGUUUAAUUGACAGUUACAACAGUAUAAUCAUGCAGACGGAAAAACCAAAAAUGGCGAAGAAAUCAAUCGGAAACAUAAUGCGAAAAAGGCUUUCGGAUAUCACAAAUUCUUCUCAAUCUCAGCAAGAUAAUAACAACCAACCACUCUCGCUUGAUAACAAUUCCAUUCAACAACUCCUAAAGGAAAGAGCGAAUUUAAUCAACCUCCUUGCAGAAAGAAAUAAAAUGUUAGAAAGGAGUGGAGCUGAAUUGCAGAGAAUGCGAGCUGAUAUGAAGAAGUUGCAAAUGCAAAAUUGGAAUCUUGCUCAGUCCAAUAGUCUCAUGUUAGCGGAGCUUAACUUAGGGAGGGAUAAGAUAAAAACACUGCAGCAUGAAAUAUUGUGGAGGGCUGCUUUGAUUAAUGGAAAGACCUUCAACAUGCAGGAAAAAGUGGAGAUUGACUCUGAAAAAAAUGCAUCAUUAUCACAGUUAAAGGUAGAAGAUGAAAAAGAAGCAAAGGAAGAAGAUGAAAAAGAAGCGCAUCCAUCGCCUAUAACUAGCAAUGAUGAAAAACAAUGUUGUUUGAACAGGAGACGCAUAAGGAGUAGAUCUACUGGUUCUUCUACUGCUUCCACAUCCACAAAGAAUACAGGCAAAGAAAAAGUUAAAGACAAUAGGAGAAGAAGAAGUUUGAGGAGACAUUCUGCUACGUCAAAGGUCCAUCAACACGAACCUCUAGAAAAUUUGUUUGAGAUAGAAGACGCUCAAUACGCUAUCACUCAAUCGGAUAAACCAAUUUCUUCAUCUGCAAAAACUGAAAGAAGAGAAAACUCUUGUUUAAGAAAUGAAGCACCAAGGCAUUCUUUUGGAAGACCCUUGAGAAGGGCAGCUGAGAAGAUUCCAUCUUACAAGGAAAUCCCUUUAAAUGUCAAGAUGAGAAGGCUAGCAUAAAUAAACUGAUUUUGUAUCAUACACUGAUGUUGAUUUAUGUAUGUUCUAUGUAUCCUAUGUUGUCCUUGGUUUGUUAAGUUAUCAUCAUGAAGUUUAUAUUACAUCUUCACAGUUUCAUUACUAUUUUUUUAUUAAAUGAAAAUAGUACACACUUUGGAUAAGUCUUAA